AAAAAAACAGGAUCCUUGACUGACUGCUGAGCCACAGGGGACGGCCACCGUGCUCAUGCCAGAUAAAGAUGUGGACGUAUGCAUGAGAGCAAAGUGAAAGACGGCUGAACGUCAAGCAGGAGACACCAGAGACAAUACAAAGAACCAACCCUGUGCUUCACUUUUGAAACUUUGUUUUGAGUUCGAAACAAUAAAAACGGCAUGGCAACCAUGCAGCGGACAAGACUUUUACUUUGCGUGAUGUUGAUGGUUUCCCAAGGACGCAGCCUGCCUGGUGCGGCCCGCUCUGAACACAACGGACAUGAGACUGAAACGAGCAGUGAUCACGGGACGUCCUCCUCAAGUCCGCACACAGAGACGGGCGAUGUGACAGAUUCUGGUCAUGAUGUGACGGGAGACAGUCACGGUGAAGGUGGGGGUCACGGUGGUGGGCCCAUCACCACUUUGCCCAUUGUCUCCUGGAAGUGGAGUCAUGUCUCUGUCCCGUACUUGGUGGCUCUGUGGAUUCUGGUCUCCUGGAUCUGCAAACUCAUAAUUGAGGCCAACCAUCAUGUGACGAAUAUCAUCCCGGAGAGCGCCCUGCUCAUUUGCUUUGGGUUCAUCCUCGGUGGGAUGAUCUGGGGUGCGGACAAGGUGCAGACCUUCAAGUUGACCCCGACCGUCUUCUUCUUUUACCUGCUGCCUCAAAUCAUCCUGGAUGCGGGCUACUUCAUGCCAAAUAAGCUGUUCUUCAGUAACAUGGGGACCAUCCUUGUCUAUGCUAUUAUUGGGACCUGCUGGAACGCUGCUAGCGUGGGACUCUCGCUGUGGGGCUGCCACAUGGGAGGAGCCAUGGGCGAUCUGGACAUCGGGCUGCUGCAAUACCUGCUUUUUGGCAGUCUGAUUGCCGCCGUGGACCCGGUGGCCGUCCUCGCUGUGUUUGAACAGGUCCAUGUCAAUGAGGUCCUCUUCAUCCUGGUGUUUGGAGAGUCGCUGCUCAACGAUGGCGUGACAGUGGUGCUCUUCAAUGUGUUUGAUUCAUUUGUCUCCCUGGGAGGAUCCCAAAUUGACGCUGUGGAGAUCAUCAAAGGAAUAAUUUCAUUCUUUGUGGUGGCAUUCGGCGGCUCCCUCCUUGGCAUGGUGUUUGGUUUGCUGCUCUCUCUUCUAACCAGAUGCACUAAAAACAUUCAGAUCAUUGAGGCAGGCUUCAUCUUCGUGUUGGGGUACCUCUCCUACCUUACUGCUGAGAUGCUCUCUCUUUCUGCCAUUCUUGCAAUCGUCUUCUGUGGCGUUAGCUGCCAAAAGUACAUCAACGCAAACAUGGACGAAAAGUCCGUCACUACAGUCAGAUAUGCCAUGAAGGUGCUCGCCAACGGGUCCGAAACCAUCAUUUUUGUUUUCCUUGGAAUCUCGGCCGUCGAUAAGACACUAUGGGUGUGGAACACAGGCUUUAUUCUCCUCACACUCCUCUUCAUCUUUGUGUAUCGCGUCAUCGGAGUCUUUUUCCUCACAUGGAUCAUGAACAAAUUCCGUCUGGUGCCCUUGGAGGUCAUCGAUCAGAUUAUCAUGAGCUACGGUGGCCUGCGAGGGGCGGUGGCCUACGGCCUGGCAGUGAUGCUGGAUGACAGCAAGAUUAAGGAGAAGAAUUUAAUGGUCUCCACCACUCUGAUUGUUGUUUAUUUCACUGUCAUCCUUCAGGGAGUAACUAUGAAACCUCUUGUCACUUGGCUCAAAGUCAAGAGAGCUGCGGUGUGCGACAUCACGCUUAUCGAAAAAGUGCAGAACAAGGUCUUUGAUCACAUGCUUGUCGCCAUCGAAGAUAUAUCCGGGCAAAUUGGACACAACUACAUGAGAGACAAGUGGAGUCAUUUUGAGGAGAAAUGGAUGUCUGGAAUUUUCAUGAAGCCAUCCGCAAGGAAGAAUCGUGACUAUGUCUUUAAUGUUUUCCAUAAGCUGAACCUUAAGGAUGCUAUGAGUUACGUGGCUGAGGGCGAACGCAGGGGCUCUCUGGAGUUCAUCCGUAAUGAAUCGGCAUUUGUUGACUUCAAGAAGAAGUAUGGGGAAAAAUUCUCAGAGGUGAUGCCAGACAUCAUGGCUGACAUGGCGGACGAUCGUCAUCCGGUGUCACCCAUGGGACGAGACCCAGUACCAUCAGUGAGCUUGGAAAUGCAUGAACAGACCAUCAAAGGUGUGAGGGAAGCAGAGGACAUCAACAGCCACCAUCUAUUGCAGCAGCACUUGUACAAAGGCAGGAAACAGCACCGGCACAGGUACAGCCGGAGUCAUUUUGAGGUCAACAAAGAUGAAAAUGAGGUGCAGGAGAUCUUCCAGAGGACCAUGAGAAGUCGUUUGGAGUCGUUUAAGUCAGCAAAGAUGGGUGUCGCUCCGCCGAAGACCAUAACCAAGCACCAAAAGAAAGAUCAGCAACCAAAGAUGCCAUCCAGAAAAUCAACAGAUAAAAGCAAAAGCUAUCAUUCUGGCGAUGAAGAUUUUGAGUUCUCAGAGGGAGACAGCGCAUCUGGCUAUGAAGCAUCAGGAGACUCACUCGCCAUGAGGGUCACCUACAGAGUGGGAGCUGGUAUUGAGAAUCCUGCCUUCAUGCCAGAGUUGGACUAUAUGGCGCCCAUGCAGAUCCCACCGUGGUUAGCCGAGGCUGAGCUCGAUAGCGGCAUGGUGGCCCCCUCGCAGAGGGCCCAAGUGAGGCUGCCGUGGACACCCAGCAACCUGCGGCGCCUCGCCCCGCUACGUAUCAGUACUCGUUCCACAGACUCCUUCAUGCGAGCAGAUGCACCCACCACACAAGAGAGGGACGAAGAUGAGUUUCCACCACCGUUGACGCCACCGCCACCGCCGCCGCCACCUUCUGACAGACACGGGGGUCACAUGUAGCCUCCCUCAUCAUUACCUUUAACUGCCAAAAGACACCGAAUAUUACCUCAGCCUUUGCACUGGCUCCACUAGAAAUAUUGUCAAGGGAAUGUGUUUUUCUGUGAGACUGGUUAAACUCAACCCCAUUAUAACCUUUGUACUCUUGACACUUGGACCCAAGUAACUCCAUCUUCAAGACGUGUGCGAGAAGCAUGCAUGCACAUUAUCUACUGAGCAUGUUAAUGCAUACAUAGUAUCAGGUGAAAAAUGAAAUAGGGCAUCUUGGCCAAAUUGUAAAGACAUUUUUGACGAUAUGUAAUAUAUACAGCUUUUUAUUUAUGAAGAUAAUCCAUUCAAGUCAAGUGAUGGGAAGGCUUCAAUGUAACAUUAAUUGUUUGUUUGUUUUUCCGAAUCUAGAUUGUAUUAUAACACACCAGCCCAUGAGAUAAAACACGAAGAGCUAAACAACUAGCUGACUUCAUGAUUAAGGGAUGUAUUUAGUUUUUCAAAUGUAAGUUUUUACACGAGGAACAAUCACAUGGGGCUAAUUGUUUGACAAACAAACAAAAAAAUGUCUAAUUAUACUUCUAUUAUACUUUUUU